CCCUAGUUAAUUGACGUGACUCCAACCUCAUCGACAGAACUAAACGAACGUGAAACCUUUGCCUUUUCCAUGUCCUAGAAAACAACGUCACCAAAGAUUAGUUCCUUCUUUGUCAAUUCCUUGUUCAAGUUAAGGUUUUGAAUUAGUAUUCUGGUUUGAUGUUUGUUCUCCAUUUGUCGAGCUGGGAAAGUGAGAGAAUUACUUGCCAAGCAUUUAAAGUUUAGCCUAAAAUCAUGAGAUUAGUGGAUUAAGGAAUUGUUUGUUUGUGCGGUGAAUUGCUCGUAAUUGAGUUCUUUAAGUCAUCAGAAAAUGGGAUUCACAUUUGCCCUUCACAACUCUCCAGUUGAGAUUUGCCGUUUUCAUGGUGUGCAGUGGGGUUCGACACAACUUGGUUCGGGUUGCAGCUCCAUGAAGUGCUCAAUAGUAAAAGUAUCUACUUCUCAUUUAGCUUGCUCGAACAAAUGUAAUCAUAGAAUUCACUCUUGCUUGCCAUGGAAGGCCGAUAAUGGUUCUGAAAGAGAGGCAGCAUCUUUAGUGUGCGGAGGACUGCAGAGAGGUGUUUGUAAUGACUCAGUUGAAUUUGAUCAAGAUGAAUGUCUGAGCUCAGAAGAUUUGAAUGUGAGUGCUAAGAGAAAAUUAAAAGAGCAAAUAAAUUUGAAAAAGCUUUCGAAUCCCUUGACAUCUGCUUUAGAUGGACCUUUUGUUAGAAAUGAAGAGGAAACGAACAAUGAUAUUCUUCAAAAGUUCUGCAGCAACGGGAAACUAAAUGAUGCGACACGGCUGAUAGAAAUUAUGGCGCGUCAGAAUCAAAUUCCCCAUUUCCCUUCUUGCAUAAACUUAAUAAGGGGCUUUGUAAAAGUAAAUGAGCUCGAUAAAGCCGACAAAGUUCUUCAGAUUAUGAUAAUGUCUGGUGGGAUCCCUGAUAGUAUUACAUAUAACAUGAUGGUUCGUUGUCUUUGUAAGAGAGGACGGAUACGAUCUGCUAUUGACCUUUUGGAAAACAUGAGCUUAAGUGGUUGCCCCCCAGAUGUGAUUACGUAUAAUACAAUAAUUCGCUGCAUGUUUGAUAAUGGGAUUUUCGAUCAGGCCAUCGGGUUUUGGAAGGAUCAAUUGAGAAAGGGUUGCCCUCCAUAUCUAAUCACCUAUACGAUUCUCAUUGAGCUAGUCUGCAAGCAUUGUGGAACUGCUCGGGCAAUGGAAGUAUUACAUGAUAUGGCUAUCGAAGGAUGUUAUCCCGACAUCGUUACCUACAAUUCACUUGUUAAUUUAACUUGUAAGCAGGGGAAAUACGAAGAUGGGGCUUUAGUCAUUUACAACAUUAUAUCUCAUGGCCUGGAGCUCAAUGCUGUAACAUACAAUACCCUUAUCCACUCUCUCUGUAAUCACGGGUGUUGGGAUGAAGUUGAUGAGAUACUUGCAAUCAUGAAGGAAACUUCGCAUCCUCCGACUGUUGUUACUUACAAUAUGUUGAUCAAUGGUUUGUGUAGAUAUGGACUUUUGGACCACGCCAUCACCUUCUUUGAUCAAAUGGUUUCUCAAAACUGUUCCCCGGACAUUGUUACUUAUAAUACACUGCUUGGUGCUCUUUCUAAAGAAGGAAUGGCGGAAGAGGCUCUUCAGUUGCUUCAAAUUUUAAGCGGGAGUAGCUGUUCCCCGGGUUUGAUAUCUUACAACACUGUGAUUGACGGAUUCACCAGAGGCGGUGAUAUGGAGAAAGCAAUGAGAUUAUAUGAUCGGAUGUCGGAAGAAGGGAUCAGUCCCGAUGACAUAACUCAUCGUUGCUUAGUUUGGGGAUUUUGCAGGUCGAAUCAAGUAGAGGGAGCAGUAGGGAUACUGAAGGUGAUGGCAGAACUGAAACACAGGGCUGGAAUCAGUGGUUAUAAAAUGGUAAUACUUGAGUUGUGUAGAAUCGAUAAGGUAGAUUUAGCGAUACAAGUGCUGGAAACGAUGGUCUCAACCCGGAGUAGGCCAGACGAGUAUUCGACUAUAAUCAAAGGUAUAUCCAAUGCUGGAAUGAAACAAAAAGCUAACAAGUUGCAUAAAAAAUUGACGGAAUGGGAAGUUUUCGGAGAAAGGAAACCAUGGAGUUAAAAGGCUUGGUUUCUAUGGACAAUGCCCAUUUCGUUUAAUUGAAUCUCUCCCAUUAGCUUGUAUUGA